AUGAGCGCAGCAGGCUUGGUCCUCCUGGGGCUUGCUCUGAGGUUGAUGGCCACUCCCGCUAAGCCAGAGGAGAGCAGCGUUUGCUCUAAGAACCAAGUGGCUUUCAGAGGCUCUUGCUAUGAAUUUGUGCCUUUUGGCCACUCUUUCUAUGGUGCCCAGAACUGGUGUGAGGAGCGAGGAGGCCAUUUGGUCUUUAUUCACGACGAAAGCACCCAGCAGUUUCUGCAAAACCACAUCUCUCAGGACAGGGAAUGGUGGAUUGGACUCACAGGGAACUCGGCUCAGAAUGGAACCGCAGAAGGACCGGGGGUCUGGCUGGACACCUCAAAUGUGAACUAUAGCCACUGGCACGGAGGGCAGGCCUCUCCUGCUCCCGACACCUGCGGCUACAUCGGGAGAGACCCUUCUGCCAGGUGGGCUGCCUCAGACAACUGCGCACAGCUGUUCGCCUUCAUCUGCGAGUUUGGUGUCAGCCAGAGUCUGGCCUGCGAGGGCCAUGAUGUCACCAUGCACUGUGGCUCCGGGGAGGUCAUUCAGAUCCGGGAUGCUUUCUACGGGCGCCAGACUCGCCAUUAUUGCACCCAGGACGCUGGGAGCCCCUUGGACCUGGAGGAGGAAUGCAGCUGGGUCAGCGUCAAGGACGAGGUGUCAGGUAGGGCCCAAGGGCUCCACAGCUCUGGCUGUGAGCUCAGGGCAGACAGUGCCAGGGGCUGCAGGCAUGCACAUGGGACCUUCUCUGGAGACCUGUGCCCCACCCAGGGCAGCUACCUCUGGGUGCAAUACCAGUGUGGGAAGGUGAGCCUGCAGCUGACAGUGUCCAAUGAGAGUUUCGUCUUCGAUAACGUCACCAUCUCCCUGAUGUGGCUCUUCUCUCCCUACACUGGAAACCUGUCCUGUAUCAUUAUCAUGGGGGAUGGCCACACUUUUGAUCCCUACUACCCCCCCAAUUUGUCCAGCAAAGUGAUCCAUCAAUUCACAUCCCCUGGGGAAUUCACUGUGUUUGCUGAGUGCACAACUAGUGAGUGGCAUGGGAUGGCUCAGAAGCAAGUGACAAGAGACAAGAUGAAGAGACUCAGUGUGACUGGGUGCUCUGGCCUGUCCAAAUCAGGAGCCAGCCCUCUCUGCCAGGUUGUCUUCGGGGACCCUAUGUGGAUUCAGGUGGAGCUCGAUGGAGGUGCGUCUGUGACUUACACUGUGCUAUCAGAUAACACAACCCUGGCUGACCCACCACACACCGCCCUGCUCCCCUACAACCUCACCCUGGACAGAGCAGCCCAGCAGGGGGUGGGUCCAGGGAUGCACCACCUGGAGACCCGAGCCACCAGCAACACCACCACCUCUGCACCCUCCACAAACAUCACGGUCCACUUCAUGAAACCUCUGUCAGGGCCGCAGGCCUCCUGGGCUUCUGACCACUUGGAGCUUGGACAGGAUCUACUGGUCAACAUCUCAGUGGCUCAUGGCAUCCCAGAAGAGCUGACCUUUGAGGCAGCAGGACUCAAUGCAUCCUUCUCCCAUGAGGGAGAGAGCCUUGGGCGGCCAUCUGGGAUUUACCAUGUGGCAGUUCCUCUUGAAGGUACUUGGCAUUGGUAGCUCCCUUCCAAAUCUCCCUCCUCUUCCCUUCCUAACUUAGAAUCCAGGCUCCUGCCAGCCAGUUUCCAGGCUCCUUCCAGUCUCCAAGAAUUAUCUGGAACAAAUGCUGAGGAAAAGAAUAGAGAUAAAGGGGAUGUGGAGGUAUACAUGGAACCUGGCUAUGUGGAUCCUUUCACGACAGUGACUCUGCGCUGGCUGGACAGUGACAAGGAUUUACGCUUCCACUGGUCAUGUGGCCAUUGCUGGGCUCAGUGGAACGACUGUGUUGAGAGGCAGCUGCUUUGCACAGACCAGAGGGAGCUGGUGGUCCCGCCGUCCUGCCUGCCACCACCCAAUUCUGCAGUCACCCUGCACCUGGCCAUCUGGAGAGGCCAGGAGCUGGAGAAGCAGGAGGAGCAGUGCCUUUAUGUGUCCGCCCCCCUGGAACUCAAGCCUCUAGUCAGCUGUGAGAAGAACUGCGGGCCAGUGAAUGCCAGCGAAGAUGUUAUGCUCAGGGUCUCCAUGGGGAACGACUCCCCAGCAGCCAUGUUCAGCUGGUAUUUAGAUAACACUCCACUAGAGAAGAUCCAGCCCCUCCCAGCAGCCUGUAGACUCCGAGGAUUUUGGCCAAGAUCUUUAAUCCUCCUCCAGAGCAACACAUCCACCCUGCUGCUCAACAGCUCCCUGCUGCAGGCCUGCAGCCAGGCCAGCCGCAUCCAAGUCACAGCAAUGACCAGGCACGUCUACGGGGAGGACACCUAUGUUAUCAGCUCUCUGUCUCCCCCCGAGGUGCCCUGCAUCAUUGCCCCUGAGGAGGGCACCGUUCUAACAAGCUUCGCCAUCUUCUGCAACACCUCCGCGGUCCUGGGCCCUCUGGAGUACUGCUUCUGUCUGGAAUCAGGUACUGGCCAAGCUCACACCAGCUUUUCUAGGUGGAUCUUUCACCACAUCUUGAAGAUGAGGAAAUUGAGGCAUGGAGCUGAAAAAAAGGUUCCAGAGACCAUAACUUCUGAGAGGCAGUAUGGUGCGGCCACAGUGCCUCAGCUGCUCAAAGUUGUGGACCAGGACGUCCUCCUGCUGGGGAGACUGCCCAGGGGCCUUCCAGCCACACUGGCCACCCCCUCCAUUUUCGUGUACACCAAUAGAAUUCAGCCCCAGAGCUGGCAAGACUCCUCUGUGCACAUUGCUGCUGCCAACUCUGCGACCUUCACCCUGCCUGCUGCCUCCUCCCUUGGCUUCAUGCAGGACGGUCAGGAGCCCGUGGACAUAUGGAUGAUGAGUUUCCCAAAAAGCCCUUUCCCAGCCAGUCACUUUGAUGUCAGCGGAACUGUUGGGGGCCUCUCUCUGACCAGCUAUGGACAGCUCAUACCCAUGAAGAAUCUGUCAGAGAAUAUCGAGAUCCUGCUGCCUCGGUUUUCAGGACACAGCGAGCCAACCGUGUUGAAUCUGACCAGUCCUGAAGCUCUGCGGGUGAAUUUGACUUCAGGUGCAGCUUUGGGGAUCCAGCUGCACUGGAGACCUGACAUCCCACUCACACUCAGCCUGGGCUAUGGCUACCACCCCAACAAGACCAGCUAUGACGCCAAAGCUCACCUUCCACCAGUGGCUGCUCCAAAUGGGCUGUCCACAUGGAAACUGAGCCCAGAGGUCCUGCACUUUGGAGAAGGUGUCUACUAUCUGACUGUGAUCCCCGAGUCUGACCUGGAGCUGACCCCUGGCAGAGACCUCACAGUUGGUAUCACCACCUUCCUUUCCCAUUGUGUGUUUUGGGAUGAGAUCCAGGAAACUGGGGACAAUUCUGGGUGCCAGGUGGGGCCACGAACCACUCCCUUCCAGACACACUGCCUCUGCAACCAUCUUACCUUCUUUGGAAGUACAUUCUUGGUGAUGCCCAAUGCCAUUGAUGUCCGCCAGACCAGAGAGCUCUUUGCCACCUUUGAGGACAAUCCUGUGGUUGUGACUACCGUGGGCUGUCUCUUCGUGGCCUAUGUAUUGGUGGUGAUCUGGACAAGGAAGAAGGAUGCUCAGGAUCAGGCCAAGGUGAAGGUCACAGUGCUGGAGGACAAUGAUCCCUUUGCCCAGUACCACAACCUGGUGACAGUCUACACUGGACAUCGGAGAGGGGCAGCUACUUCCUCAAAGGUGACUAUAACCCUGUAUGGCCUGGAUGGAGAGAGUGAGCCCCACCACCUGUCAGACCCUGACAUUCCAGUUUUUGAACGAGGAGGAGUGAAUGUCUUCUCACUCUCCACCCUGUUCCCCCUGGGGGAACUGAGGAGCCUGCGGCUGUGGCAUGACAACUCAGGGGACCGGCCAUCCUGCUCCCUGAGAUCAAGCAAGCCCCCUCGAGGCCUGCCCUGGUGGUGUGUCCUGGUGGGCUGGCUCCUGGUAGCCGCCACCAGCGGUGUGGCAGCCUUCUUCACCAUGCUAUAUGGUUUGCACUACGGGAAGACGAGCUCCCUCAAGUGGCUCAUCUCCAUGGCUGUCUCCUUUGUAGAGAGUGUGUUUGUCACCCAGCCCCUGAAGGUGCUGGGGUUUGCUGCCUUCUUUGCACUGGUCUUAAAGAGCGUGGAGGACGAAGAGGAACCUAUGGCCUUUCUCCCGGGAUAUUUGUCCAGCCCAGACCCCUCCACCUUGUUCCAAGUACGAAGAAACAGCAGAAAGGAUGUCUACCAGCCGCCUCUGGCUGCCAACAUUGAGAAGAGGAAAACCACCCACCUCAAGGAACAGAAAGCAUUUGCCCUGAUCAGAGAAAUCUUGGGUAGAUUUGGGUACAUAUGGUUGCAUACCUGGGCUUCCUAUGGGCAGAGGGACCCCAGUGCCUACCACUUCAACAGACACCUUAAGCAUAGCUUCACCCAAGGCUUUUCAGCUGUCCUGGGCUUCCAGGAGUUCUUCAUGUGGGCCAACACCACCCUUGUACAAAACCUGUAUAGUCAUCACCCAGGUUUCAUCACUGACGGGAACUCCAAACUGGUUGGCAGUGCUCAGAUUCGCCAAGUGAGAGUCCGGGAAAACUCUUGCCCUCUUGCUCCCCGGUUGUGGACUUCUCUCGAUGGGUGCCAUGCACCAUAUUCCCUGGAUGUUGAAGACCUGUCAGACUAUGGGGAAUGCUGGAAUGCCUCCAGCCUCAAUAGCAGCAAUGGCUUCUCCCAGGCUUGGCAGUACCAGAGCCAGAGCCAGCGCCAAGGGUAUCCCAUCUGGGGCAAACUCACUGUGUACCGGGGAGGAGGUUACGUGCUCCCCUUGGGCACCAAUCGCCAAAGUGCAGCAAGAAUUCUCCAGUAUCUCUUUGACAACACCUGGCUGGACAGCCUGACCAGAGCUGUGUUUGUGGAGUUCACUGUCUACAAUGCCAACGUCAACCUGUUCUGCAUCAUCACUCUGACCCUGGAGACCAGCGCCCUGGGAACCUUCUUUACAUGCACAGACCUACAGAGCCUGCGCCUGUAUCCCUUCACUGAUGGCUGGCACCCCUUUGUGGCGGCGGCAAAGGUAAUCUACCUCCUGUUCCUCCUCUACUACAUGGUCAUGCAGGGCAAGCUUAUGAGGAAGCAGAAGUGGUGCUAUUUCCACAGCAAGUGGAGCCUUCUGGAGUUGGCCAUCAUCCUGGCCAGCUGGAGUGCCCUGGCAGUGUUUGUGAACAGGGCCAUCCUAGCAGAGCGAGACAUCCAGCGAUAUCGGAAACAAGGGGAGGAGUAA